AUGCUGUGUGGGUUAUGUACACAUUGCACCCGAGUACUGCAGAUAUAUAUCGUUGAUGAACAGAAGAAAAUCCAGGCAGAACUUAUAUCUUUGUGGAGUUAUUGGUGGUUUCCUGUACUCCAAGGUAGUCUGUGUUGCGGUUUACGACUUGAUAUGAGGUUGAGUGCUGGGACAUAUUUACAACAUGACAUACUUCUAAUGCAUGACUUAGCAAUGCUCAACGGUGAUGAAUGGGAAGCAUGUUUCUGCAAAGUCUUGUUUCCAUUGAUAACAAACUGUUAA